GGUGCCAAGAGGUGGUCCCGGACUAGGUCGUGGUGGGAUUUUGUCUGGAGUGAACGCUGCGUGUAGUCGAUCAAAGGAGUUGGAGUGCUAAGCUCAGAUAUCGCUGAGUUGAGGAUAUAUCAUCUCCCAGUGCGUCUUUGAGUCGGUACUCCCGGUUGCCUCAUGUGCGUAUAUCGGCUACAAGUUCUAGUCCUGUUUGGACUCGCAGCUUCAGGCCUGCGGCAGGCGGUCGGGAUGCGUGUGUACACGUCUGGCGAGCAGGAGGCGGUCAACGGCACGGACGUGCGGCUCAAGUGCACGUUCGAGAGCAAGGAGAACAUCAAGCCAUCCCUGCUCAGCGUGUCCUGGACGUUCCGGCCGCUCGGGCCCGGCCACGACGAGUCGGUGUUCUUCUACCAGGAGAAGCCCUACCCCCCGGCGGAGGGGCGUUUCCGCAAGAAGGCUCUGUGGGCCGGGGACAUCUUGGCUGGCGACGCUUCCAUCAUCAUCCGCGAGGUCAAGUUCACCUUCAACGGAACGUUCAGCUGCCAGGUGAAGAACCCGCCGGACGUGCACGGGAACCCGGGCACGGUGAAGCUCACGGUCGUCCACACAGCCUCCUUCUCUGAGAUCGUGGUGGUGGCUGGGAUCAUCCUGGGGGCCAUCGCGCUGAUCAUGGUGGUGCUGAUCCUGGUGCUCUCCAUCCGACGCUGCCGCAAGAAGAGGCAGAACCGCGAGCGGAACAGCGAGCUCCCGCAAACACGGAAGGACCCGACCAUGUGCCACCCUGCAAAAGCAGUGCACCUCUAUGUGGAAGUGUCUUCGUUUGAAGUUGACAGUUCCGAUGGCAUGAUCUCGGACCCGAGCACUCCAGAGUCCAGCUCCUCUGAGGAAGAUGAGCCGAGCUCAGACGAAGACGAAGGUGACGACUCAGACUGACGAUCGACCAGCAGCACCCCCUGAAAAGGACGAGACCAAGUGUUAUGGAGAGAGUGAAGACGAGAGAUGUAAAGUAUGGGAUCCUGAAGUACUUGUAGUGUCCGGAGGAAUGUUACGAGGAAUCCUGAAGUAUUUGUGUUUUCCGUGCUGUCCUGCUCCUGCCGAGCGGCCGGCAUGAUCAAACGGGAUGAAAGCAGACUGAGGAUGAACAGAUGGGAAACGCACUGCCAGAGAUGCAGGCCUCUGCCAAACACAGUCAAAAUCAAUGUGGCGGAAGAACCACACGUUACAAAUCCAUAAACUGCCCCCCAUCACACAUCCAUUUUUACAGGAGUUAACACACGCGCUCAGCUUCAAAACACACUGCGUAUGAACUAAAAGAGAAGUAUUUAUGACUAUUUAUAACUGACAUCUUGCAGAGCGAGCUGUUUUUCAAACAAAUAUUUUGCUGAAGCCUGAAGCUGUAGCAUGAAAUCCAAAGACAAGAGAGAACAAUAUUGUACUGUAUGUGAAAAAAAGAUUUAGAAAAAUAUUUUAACUUUAACUGUUAAACAGUUAACACUAUAAGAAUGUACAGUGGCAUGCACUCAAAUUGCUGAAUGUUUAAAGAUCCAAUUGAAUGCACCUGAUCGUCAGGUGCUAAGUGAAUUAUGUGGCUUUGUUCAGGUUUUUAAAGCGAUUUCGACAGUUUGACGGUCACAGUCUGUCAGAGGGGCAUCCACAUAGCACAAAUGCCACAGAUGGUUAAGCCUGACGCACACACACACAGUAUUAACCUUUGCCCUACCUAUCUCACUCUCCCACUGAGCGGUGUCGUACGUAGGUGUGAGUCUGCUCAAGGCUGGGCUGCCCUCUAAGACGACAUCUCUCUCUCUCUCUCUGAGUGUGGAAUCUGUAAGAUCCCCUGUGCGCGCCUCAUUGGCCCGAGGCAGGCCUGUACCUGAGUCCUGCGCCAUGCCACACCACGCCCUUCCCAAAUGCCUCCCCCUCUGUGGUCCAUGGAAAAAACAAAGAUUCCAUGCCAAUUCCGAAAGCCAGCCAUUCCGCUGCCAAGACGUCUCCAGCGCCGUCUGAUGAGGAUUUUCAUGCCUGCCACAGAGGAGUUCAGGAGGGGCAUCGCAUAUUAUAUGACUGUUCAGAAAUAGGCAAACACACACACACACACACACACACACACACACACACACACAAACACACACUCAGUCGUUCUCUCUCGCUCGCUGUCUUUCUCUCACUCUCACUCUCACUCUCACACUACAUGCACUGUUUCUGUGUUGAUAUACACUCCCCACUGCACACUUCAAUGUAUUUUCCCUGUGGCUGUCAAGGGUCAAGCGGAAUUGGGUGGCUCUGAAGACUUCAGUCGCUGACACUUAAAAUUGAGGUCGAUUGCACCUUGUGCGUGUAGAGGUGGGGACUAGGCAGUCGGCACACACACACACUCUGGUCUGAAAACCCUUUUCACUGAUGCAUGUUAAACUUGCAACCUCUCUGUGGUGAAAACUACUAACAAUUUUAACAUGUCUUUUUAUAUGAGAUGUUUUAUAUGAGCAUAAUGACAAUUGUGUUACAUGAAGUUGAUAUAUUUUUUAUUGGUUUAUCAAAAUAUUUCACCUUUUUCCACUGAAUGGUAUUCUUUCAAAUUUAAUGUAAAAUUGAAAUGUAGAUUUUUAUAAUAAAAAAAGAAUGGUUUAG